AUUAAUCCUAGGAUUCUAAAAAAAAUAAUUUUGUGAGUAAGUUAAAUAAAAUUAAAUGAUUUUAGAGAUGUCCAGUGUGUUUAGCUGGGCCAAAAGAUUUGAAUAAAAUGCCAAAUAAAGAGGCCAUUAACGAAACUGUAUUUGGAUUUGGUAUAUCGCCAUUACACGCCAAAAUUAACAUCAUGCAGUUUUUGCUACGAUGUGCCUACAAAAUGGACGAAAGCAAGCAGCCAGAAGUACGGAAGAAAGAAAUCCAAAAACUAUUUAAAGAAAAGACUGGUCUGAUUAUAGACAAACCCAAGCCAGGUUUUGGAAUUUCCCAUGAUGGGAAUACGGCCCGAAGAUUUUUUCAAGAUCAUCAACUGACAUCAGAAAUAACCGGAAUUGAUGUUGAAAUUAUUGAACGGUUUUCAAAUCUGUUAGCGGCAAUAUCCUGCAACAGGGUGGUAGAUUUCAAAAAAUAUGAAAAAUACGGGAUAGCGACAGCACAACUGUUUUUAGAUACAUACCCCUCUUUUACAUUUUCGCCAACUGUGCAUAAAAUUUUGUUUCACGGCCAUGAGUAUAUACAACAUUUUCGAUCAGUUCCAUUAGGUAAAUUGUACUUGAGUAGACAACGAAUAAGAAAACUAUAAUUUUUGUUUUAUAGGUGCACUAAGUGAAGAACCCCAGGAAUCCAGAAAUAAAGAUUUUAAGAAAUAUCGGACUGAUUUUUCAAGAAAAACUUCGCGGAAAGAUACCCUUGAAGAUAUUUUCAACCGAUUUAUGCUUACAUCUGAUCCUUUCUUUUUUAAAAUAUUCAGAGCAUUUAAUAGGUCAUCUGUAAAAACGAAAUCUGCUACGAAAAAGCUGCACAUAGAUGAUACCGUUCAUUUUGAGGAAUCUCCUUUGAAUGAGUCGUAUGACUCAGAUUCCGAUGACGACUUCCAAUUAGAUGAUGAUAUUUCUUUACCAGUCUCCGUAGAAGAGUUUGAAGAAAUCAUUUAAGGUUGUCAACGUAAAAUGGUCUACACAUGACUUGUGUAUAUGAUACAUACAUACAUACGCGAUACAUGGAUGUAUAUUUAUUUUUUAUAGACUGUUCUUGGAGUUACCAACAUAUUUAUAUCAUCUAAAAUAUUUGAUUCUAGUCUAUAGAAUAUUUUAUUUCUUUAGUCCAAUUUAAGUGUUAAUUUAUAUGAAAAAAAUUGGGUAUGUGUUCAGAUAAAGUACCACUUCCGGUUACGCGAUUUGAUUGAAAUUUAAUAUCUGGAUGUUUUGCAUAAUUGUAAUGGGUUAUACAAGAUUGCAUGCAUCUAUGCCAAUUUAAAGUGCAACUUUAUAUGAAAAACUGUAGGUAUGUGUUUAGGUAAAGUGUCACUUUUGGUUGACGAAUUUAGUCUAAAUUUUGAUACAAAUCAUAAUUUUUGGUACAAUAAUCUCAUACCAAAUUUCAUCAAUGUAAUAAAUCUCUAAAGG